GCUAGCCUCUACUUUCAUUUUCCCUUUCUGAGGAACUGGACAAGACGGUUGCUGGGCGUAUGGGCGACUUCUCAUCUCCACAACCACCGCAGUCUACAAGUUUUUUAAUGGCCUCAAAUAACUGUGAUGAUCCAACUCAAGAUGGUGACAAGAAAGACAAUACGUUCCUCUAUUUAUCUUACAUAGAUGAAAUGGAAGACCGAGUACAAGCCCUGCGACGGAACGCUUCUUCCCUUGCCGAAGAAAGAGACAGCCUGCUUGCUAUCCUCUCUGAUAUGAAGACAGAUUGUUUGAAAGAGACUUGGACAGAAGAUGCCACUCAGGAGCUCCACAGUAGCAUCGAUCAACUUCGAGCAAGGUGUCAAAGUGUCCAGAUCAACAUCCGUGUCAUCCGUACUGCGGAGCAACAGUCUUCUUUCACAAAAGUGGACUCACUUGUGACUGGUUUGGAACACCAGUGUGCUUUAGGCGACCCGGAGGAACAGGGCUACCGGAAAAAGGCAGAAUCUUUCCUCAACGCUUGUGUGUCUGACCAGGUGAAACCUGGACUUAUCGACUACAAAUUUCAAGGAAUGAUACUUGGAUGCAAAUUGGAAGAUCAAAAAGAAUUUAGACAAAGACUGGAAUGUUUGGUGCAGGGGCGUUGUCACAUGAAUUUCCUGGAUGGAAUGAUGCAACAAUUUAAUAUAGUAUCAUCAUUAACGAGCAGCGAUUGUGAUGUAAUUUCGGAAAAUAAUCAAGGUCCCAAUACUGAGGUUCCAGUAGAGAGUACAGUAGUUUCUUCUUGAAUUUACAUUGUGUGAAGCACACUCUGCUCAAUUGAACACUUUUUUUAUGACAUGACCAUUUCUUUCAAUAUAUAAUAUUAUGUGCAUCAUAUGCAUCAUGGGCUAAUAUGCUGUAUCACCCUGGAAGAAUCUGUAGGAUUGUGUUUUGGCAUGCAUGUCUAAGGUGUAUUGUUUCUACAGCGUUUUGUGUCUGCAGUAUGUCAUAUCUACAGUGCAUCAUGAUGUCCACACUGUGUUUCAUGCUUACACAGCCUGUCAUCAUGUAUACAAUGUGUCACUGUCCGUACAGCGUAUCAUGUAUACAUCGUGUCAUGGUGGGUGGUUGGCGGGAGCUCUGGUGUGGUUUUCUUCUUCUUUCCUAUAUAAAAUCUAUCGUCCUUAUC